AUGAUGAGGAUUGGUGUAAGAGAUUCACGCAACUCUCCAAAACCGAUAAGAAUCGUUGUGGUUGGUGAAAAAGGCACAGGAAAAUCAAGUUUGAUUAUGGCUGCAACAACUGGUUCUUUGCAUCCAAACGUCCCUCCUCUGUUCCCUUACACCAAUUUACCUGCUGAAUUAUUCCCUGACCCUGUUCCUGCCAUCAUUAUCGACACUUCUUCAAGACCGGAAGAUAAGAGAGAGAUACUUAAAGAAGUUAAGGAAGCAGAUGCAAUUGUUUUGACAUUAGCAUUCGACAGACCGGAGACUCUUGAUCGUCUGAGUGAAUAUUGGCUUCCUCUGUUUCGAGAAUUAGAGGUGAGAGUUCCUAUCAUAGCGGCAGGUUAUAAAGUUGAUUAUAACAAUGAAAUCAACAUUGAUGAAAUCAUGUCUCCUAUAAUGCAAGAAUAUCGAGAGGUCGAGACAUCUAUUAUGUGGUCUUCUCAUGAGAUCAUUUACGUCCCUUGGCUUGUUAAAUGCUUCAAUCAAGAACUGACGCCUUCUCAAAGUGAAGAAUUAAGAAAAUUUGUGCAAGUACGGUGUCCACAAGGAGUUAAUAUUAAUAGAAAAGGAAUCACAAUUGAGGGUUUCUUGUUUCUAAGCACAUUUCUUGUGGAACACGGAAGAAUCAGAACAGUAUGGACUAUACUUAGGAAAUUCGGGUAUAACAAUGAUAUGAGACUCGUUGAUGAUACCAUCAUUCCUUAUUCAUCAUUCAAACGCAAGCCUGAUCAGAGUGUUGAGCUGACUAAUAAAGCUAUUAGCUUCUUAAAGAAUGCCUUUGAGGUUUACGACCUUGACAGUAAUAAUAACUUGGGACCUUAUGAGAUGGGAUAUCUCUUUCAAGCUGCACCUGAAAGUCCUUGGAAUGAAGCUCCUUAUAAGAAUGCUGUAGAGGAAACUAAGGAUGGAGAAUUAUCUCUUGAAGCCUUCCUCUCACUGUGGCAAAUGAUGGCACUAAUAGAUCCAGCGAAGAGUUUGGAGUAUUUGGUUUACGCUAUAUUCCCACAUGAUCCAUCUUCAGCGAUUCGCGUAACUAGGGAGAGAUCUAUAGAUCGCAAGGAGCAGAAAUCUGAAAGAGAAGUUGUUCAGUGUUUUGUGUUUGGACCUAACAGUUCUGGAAAAUCUGCAUUGCUCAAUCGGUUCAUUGGAAGGUCAUACGAUGAUGACAAGAACAACGGAUCAACUGAGGAACGUUAUGCUGUUAAUAUGGUUGAAAAAUCCGGAGUGAUCAUCACUGCAAAGACAAAGAAGAAAACACUGGUGAUGAAGGAAAUUCGAUUUCAAGAAGAAGAUGGAUUCUUGUUAUCAAAUGAAGCAUUGGCUGCUUGUGAUGUAGCCAUCUUCCUCUAUGAUUCUUCUGAUGAGUCUUCGUGGAAGAGAGCCAUUGAUUUGCUUGCUGAUGUUGCAACCACUAGUAAAGACGCCGGUUUCGAGUUUCCUUGCUUGAUGGUUGCAUCAAAAACCGAUCUUGAUUCAUUCCCAAUGGCAAUUCAAGAAUCCAUUAGAGUUACACAAGAUAUAGGGAUUGAGGCUCCAAUACCAACCAGCUCAAAACUUGGAGAUUUUGAUUACUUAUUCCAGAAGAUCUUAACCGCAGCUGAGAAUCCUCAUCUGUGUAUUCCAAAGAUUGAGUCUAAGAGGAGAAGGAGCCGCAAGCUAAUCAAAAGAUCUCUAACGGCGGUUUCAAUCGGCACAGCCGCUUUCGUCGCCGGCACAGCUUCAUUCCGUCUCUACUCCGCCAGAAACCAGAGCAGCUGA